AUGUACGACAACACGCGCGCGGCGGGGCUGGGGGCCGAGGUUAAGCGGCGAAUCCUGAUGGGCACGUACGCGCUGUCUGCGGGGUACUACGACGCUUACUACAACAGGGCGCAGAAGGUCCGCACCCUGGUGCAGCGGGGCAUGACGUCAGCCCUGGAGCGCUUUGACCUGCUGCUCUCCCCCACGGCCCCCACGCCCGCCUACAAGAUCGGGGAGAAGUCGAGCGAUCCCUUGGAGAUGUACAAGGGAGAUCUCAUGACAGUGAACCUCAACCUGUCAGGCCUGCCCGCCGUCGUGGUGCCCUGCGGGUUCGCGGAGGCGGAUGGCGGCGGGAAGCUGCCCGUCGGGCUGCAGAUGGUGGGGCGGAUGUUUGGGGAGGCGGAGCUGCUGGCGGCGGCGCACGUGUACGAGCAGACGGCGGGGGUCAUGGACGGCGCGGCGCCGGCGGUCGCGGCGGCGCCUGCAGCGGCGGCGGCCGCACGGCGGUGA